ACCAGCCAUUAGUUUCGUUAGGAUAAACGCCAUUUUGCAGAUAGUUUCGCAGAGCGUGGCGUUGGCUAAGCGUUUGCUGUCAAUUAAACUUAAUUCGUGAUUCCUUCUAAUUUGUAGAUCAACACUAAGAAACCUUUAUUUUAGACUACAAUCAUGUCGAAUGGAAGUGGAGACCAUGAUGAUGAAGGCUAUGUUGUUAAACUACGUGGACUUCCAUGGUCUACUACUGUUGAUGAAAUCAUGAAAUUCUUUAGUGAUUGUUCUAUUACAAACGGUAAAAAUGGUGUACACAUGACAAUGUCAAGAGAAGGCCGUCCAAGUGGAGAGGCUUAUGUAGAAAUGGAUACACUUGAAGAUAUUGAGAAAGCUUGUAAAAGGGAUAGGGAUCAUAUGGGUCAUCGUUAUAUAGAAGUCUUUAAAGCAAAAAGAGGUGAAAUGGAGUGGGUAGUCAAGAGAAGCGGUAUGAACCUAGAGAAUGCCAUGGAUGAUGGUUGCGUGAGACUACGUGGUCUACCAUUCGGCUGUUCCAAAGAAGAAAUUGCUCAGUUCUUCUCAGGGUUGGAGAUAUUGCCGAACGGGAUUUCACUACCGACAGACUACACGGGCCGCAGUACUGGGGAGGCUUACGUUCAAUUUGUUAACAAAGAUGUUGCGGAGCGCGCUCUGCAGAAACACAAGGAAAAGAUAGGACACAGAUACAUCGAAAUCUUCCGAAGCAGUUUGUCCGAAGUACGUGCUAGUAUUGGACCGAAAAUGCGAGGUGGGCCAAUGGGUGGUUUCAAUCAGAGACCAGCACCCUAUGACCGAGGUUCUCGUUUCGGAGGGAUGAAUCGUUUUAGCAAUAAUAGCAGAGGUUCUAGAAAUAGAGACUUUGAUGGUGGUCCAUGGGGAAGUGGUAAUAACUUCGAUUCACGCGGAGGAAGCAUGGGUAUGAGAGGUGGUUUGGACAUGAAAGGUGGGAACUUCAGAGGCAGCGGUGAUACAUGGGGUGGUAAUUCCGGUAUUCAUAGUAUACACAUGCGUGGAUUACCAUUUAAAGCUACCGAACAAGAUAUAGCUGAUUUCUUCAGACCUAUCGAACCGGUAAAUGUUCGAAUUAUUCUUGAAAAUGGUGGACGUCCUUCUGGAGAAGCAGAUGUAGAGUUCGCAACUCAUGAGGAGGCUGUUAAAGCCAUGUCUAAGGACAAAAGCCAUAUGUCUCAUAGGUAUAUUGAAUUAUUCCUAAAUUCAACUGGUGGUUCAAGUGGAAUGUCUCUGGGUGGUAUUGGAAAUUUCUGCGGAGGUUUGGGUAAUAACUUCAGGCCUGGAUAUUCUCCAAACAGAGGCUUCAGCUCUCAACUAGGAGGAAGUAAUUAUAAUAGUUUUUGAGGCCGGAUGUCGCGUUUCUUGCGCUAUCGACGAUAAAAUAUUUCUUAAAUCAAAGAUUUAUUGAAUUAUAAUUAUCACAAUGAAAUCUCAUUUUCGUAUUACGUUCAGUUAAAGAUUAAUUACUGUUUCUCUGUUUUGCGUAUUACGUACGAAAUCAUUAAAUAGAAUUAAAAAAGUUUGUUUGAGUUCGACAAAUAUUAAUUAGUUUAAUGUUAUUUUAAGGAACGAAUUUAGUUAUCGGAAUUUAUUAUAAUUCUGUUUAAUCUUCAUUCGUUUUUGAGAUAAAAUAUUAAGCGUUAUAUUAUGAACUCUUUUAUCAAAUUAUUGAUGUAAUACGUAUCUCAAUUAUAAUGAUCAUAAAAGACAAAUUAUAUUUUUCAUAUAUAAUUAGUAUGAUUUCAUUGAAUCGUAAAAAUCUAAGUCACAAAAAUAUAUAACUUUUGUUCUUUUUUUUUCCAUUAUAAUAUCAUUUUGAUGCAUUGUACAUCCACCAUUUCAUUAAAACCUCACAAAAGUGUUCCAAAUUCUAAUAUUAGAGAAUAAGCAUAUUUAUAAAUUAUAUAACAGCUUCAACAUCAUGUUAUUUGUCAGAGUUAGAAAUGCCAGAGUUUGCAAUCGUACAAGGAUAGUUAGUUUAUAUCAGAACACAAACAGUUCAACAAUUACGAUUCAUAUUGUAAUAUAUUUAUCAAAUAGUAAUUCACAGUUACAUCCAGUAUAAUAGUUUAUGUUAACCCUGUCGAAUAUUAUUACUCUAAAUAAUACGUGAAGUUCUUCGACUAUGAACUCAUGUUUAAUGAUAUAUACACGAUAUUAUUAAAAAAACUGAGCGUAUGUUAAAUAAUUCAGUGUGUAUUAAUACUUUGACUGCCACAUUGAUCAUAUAUCAACGCCUACGGUUUCUCCCACGACACGGUGGUAAUUGGUGACAGGGCAUUUUGAAUAUAACAAAAUAGAAGAUACUUUGAAAUAAAGUGUCCCAUUGAACAAUUAACAUUUUUAUUAGAACAUCAAUAAAAAAACAAAAAAUGAGAACAAAUCCUGCAUCUAACGGUGCACUGUGUUUGCAUCCAUAUCUUUGAGGGGUAAUCUACGAAUAUUAUAAACACACCUUAGAAAAUAAUCAUAAAUCAUAUAAGAUGCUUUAUAAUCAUAUAAGAUAAAUGGUCCAUUAGGGAAGAAUGUUGUCUUACAUCAUCAAUUUAUUAUUAUGUUACCAUUAUAUGCUUUGAAUAAUAAAAAUACUCCCGCGGCGCCCUGAGCGAAACAUGUGAUUUCGGCGUGGCAGUCAAAGUGUUAACUACUACUGGGCUCUACUCCACUUUUGGCAUUUAUAAUGAUUAUAAUUGCUUUUGAGUCAAUUUUACUUGUAGUAUGUGUAGCUCUACAAGUUUUCAUGAGAGACGUUAACACGAAAAAAAAAAAAAAAAAAAGAGAAAAUAUUACAAAAAGAUACAAAUGUAAUAUUUCAUUAUAUAUAAGGUAACAGAGACAAAAUACUCCUUAUCUUUCAUUGUGAAAAUGAAUGUUGUAAACAAAACAGAAAUGCUUGUAUUUGUUUAGGACCUUAUAUUUUGUACGUGAAAAAAUUCUAUAUUCAAAUAAUAAUAAUAAAAUGUAUCCUUAUAAACUUAUCUUGUGCAUGAACUUAAUAGGAAUGACGUAUGUUUGAUGUGACCUGUGUUUUAUAAAGCAUAGCAAUAAACGUUAUCUUCGUGA